AUAUAAUUCUAAGAUAAUUUGAUAAACUGUUAAAUAGUUUAAUCUACAUCAACGUGUCAUAUUUUCUAAAAUAAAUUAAUAUUUUUCUGAUUUCAUAUUUAUUUUAAUAAGUUAGAAACGUCUCCGCUGUGUCCUGCGGACAGGCGCGGUGGGCGCGUGCAGCAGGUGACGCCAAUUAUGGGUCCUCUGAAAGUUAGACCGUCUCAUUUCAGUUCUCUUCGCGAACAUCUGAGGCUUCCACCUAAACUGAGUGCUCACCUUUUGGUCUCAUGCUUAUAAGGUUGCAGCCCUGAAUUGGGACACAGCUAUAAUCAUAUUACAACAAUUAACACUUAACUAAGAAUAAUAGUCAACUUUAUCAUUGUUAAUAUUCUGAAAUGAGACACCCUUGAUGACGUGUGCAGCCUGGAAAUGCGACCUCUGCGGGAUGCAGGCUUCGAAAUUGGAAUCGGCCAUCGUUUCGAAAUUCCUCAUCACUACAAACAAACACCAGCCUUUCAGGGAGAAAAGCCUGCUAGGAUUUGCUUACAUCGUGUACACUGAGGUUAUUACGGAUUUUGUGUCUGUCUGUAUGCAAGCAAGUUUCGGGUGGAUAAACACAUCUAAAGUGGCGGAGAUUUAACAGAAGAACAGAUACACGAGUCAGCGAUCGUUUACGUUGCAGAAGGCUUUUUGACCAACUGAAGCAUCAUGGCACGUGAAAAUGACUACUGCACCAUCAUGUCUGGUCUGAGUGAGCUUGACUUCCGAGGAAAUCCGGUGCCUAGUGAUCUUGUGCUGAUCGGCGACCAUGCCUUUCCACUUGCCAUGAAUCCAAGAGGUCAAGUUCUGAUGGCUGCAUCUCGUUACGGUCAGGGACGUGUGGUGGUGUUGGGACACGAAGACUACUUGACCCAUUUCCCCAACCUGAUAGAGAAUGCCCUGAUGUGGCUCAUGCCAUGUACCGGGGGUGCUGGCAUUGUAGGGAUUCAGAAGAAUUUAGGUCCAGUAGCUGACAACUUGUGCAAUUCGCCUGUCAGCACAGAGCUUGGAGAUUUUCGUGAGGGAUUGGCUGUAUAUAUCACAGAUGCUUACAGCGUUGAUGCUUGUGCAAAGGAUUUGAUUGCUUUUCUCAAAGCUGGGGGUGGUUUGAUUAUUGCUGGUCAAGCAUGGCACUGGGCUAAUACUCAUUCAAUGGAGAAUGUUUUUCUGAACUUCCCUGGAAACAAGGUGUGCAGCGUCGCAGGAAUUUACUUUACAGAACACACAGGAGAAUGUGGCGUAUUCCCUGUUCCUUCAAAUAUCCCAUUUAGUUGGCCUGCUGUAUUAAUCGUCCAGGAUUUUAAGAAUGACCUAGAAUUGCUGCUGAAAGGUGUGCCACAGUUUGACAUCCAAGGCAAGGCUGUGGCAUCUGAGCUGAUGGUGCACGGACCAUUAGCAUUUCCUAUUGCAGUUGCUCCACCUGAAAAAGUAUUCAUUGCCGGUGCCUACUUUGGACAAGGACGGGUAAUUGUGUUAACUCAUGAAAGCUACCUGGGCCGUGAAUCUCUGUCCACUUUCCUGAUUAAUGCUAUUAACUGGCUUGAUGGGGGGCGUAAAGGCGUUGUUGGCAUCAUACCAAGUCUCACAGGAGCACAAAACAUACUGACCAAAUCCGGUCUGAACUGCCAGUUCACAGACUUGAAAAAAGAUCUCAGUGUCUAUGUCUGCACUUCCUACAGUGAUGCCCAGUGUGAAAAGAUCCAAGAAUUUGUCGCUGAAGGUGGUGGCCUUCUGAUCGGAGGUCAUGCCUGGUAUUGGGCCCAUAAAAACCAUGGCCGCAAUGUGAUGACUGAAUACCCAGGAAAUCGCAUUCUUAAAAGGAUGGGACUGAGUAUAUUAGACAACACUGUGACUGGAGGAUUAUACAAAGCCCCAGAAAUCACGCAGAGCUUUAACAAUGCGUACCAUUUUCGUAAUGGACUGAGAUACUUAGGAAAUCAUGUAACCAAAAGGUACAAACUUACUCCUAAUGAAGAGGGCUGCUUGAAACAACGUGGCAAUGAUUGUGCCAGCUACCUUCAUAUGUGCACACAUGACUGUGCUUCUGAAAAUGACUACUGCACCAUUAUGUCUGGUCUGAGUGAGCUUGACUUCCGAGGAAAUGCAGUGCCGUGUGAUCUCGUGCUGAUCGGCGACCAUGCCUUUCCACUUGCCAUGAAUCCAAGAGGUCAAGUUCUGAUGGCUGCAUCACGAUACGGUCAAGGACGUGUGGUGGUGUUGGGACAUGAAGACUACUUGACCCGUUUUCCUAGCCUGAUAGAGAAUGCCCUGAUGUGGCUCAUGCCAUGUACCGGGGGUGCUGGCAUUGUAGGGAUUCAGAAAAAUGUAGGUUCAGUAGCUGACAACUUGUGCAAUUUGCCUGUUAGCACAGAGCUUGGAGAUUUUCGGGAGGGAUUGGCUGUAUAUAUCACAGAUGCUUACAGCAUUGAUGCUUGUGCAAAGAAUUUGAUUGCUUUUGUCAAAGCGGGGGGUGGUUUGAUUAUUGCUGGCCAAGCAUGGCACUGGGCUAAUACUCAUUCAAUGGAGAAUGUUUUUCUGAACUUCCCUGGAAACAAGGUGUGCAGCGUCACAGGAAUCUACUUUACAGAACACACAGGAGAAUGUGGCGUAUUCCCUGUUCCUUCAAAUAUCCCAUCUAGUUGGCCUGCUUUAUCAAUCGUCAAGAAUUUUAAGAAUGACCUAGAAUUCCUGUUGAAAGGUGUGUCACAGUUUGACAUCCAAGGCGGGGCUGUGGCAUCUGAGCUGAUGGUGCAUGGAUUAUUAGCAUUUCCUAUUGCAGUCACUCCAUCUGGACAAACAUUCAUUGCUGGCACCUACUAUGGACAAGGACGGGUAAUUGUGUUAACCCACGAAAGCUACCUGGGCCGUGAAUCUCUGUCCACUUUCCUGAUUAAUGCUAUUAACUGGCUUGAUGAGGGGCGUAAAGGCAUUGUUGGCAUCAUACCAAGUCUCACAGAAGCCCAAAACAUACUGACCAAAUCCGGUCUAAACUGCCAGUUAACAGACUUGAAAAAAGAUCUCAGUGUCUAUGUCUGCACUUCCUACAGUGAUGCCGAGUGUGAAAAGAUCCAAGAAUUUGUGGCAGAAGGAGGUGGUCUUCUGAUCGGAGGUCAUGCCUGGUAUUGGGCCUAUGAAAACUGCAAUGUGAUGACUGAAUACCCAGGAAAUCGCAUUCUUAACAAGAUGGGACUGAGUAUUUUGGACAACACUGUGACUGGAGGAUUAUACAAAGCCCCAGAAAUCAAGCAGAGCUUUAAAGAUGUGUGCCAUUUUCGUAAUGGACUGAGAUACUUAGGAAAUCAUGUAACCAAGGGGUACAAACUUACUCCUAAUGAAGAGGUCUGCUUGAAACAACUUGGCAAUGAUUGUGCCAGCUACCUUCGCAUGCGUACACAUGACUGUGCUUCUUAUAAUUCAGUGGUAACUCUUUUUACCGACAUGGUGAAGCAGAUUGGUGUUCCACAGGUGUGUAGUACGUGUCCUGUUAAAACUCCCAAAGACUACCUGAUGCUCCAAAUUGGGACUGAAUUGUACAAAACAAUGUCUGACCCUGAUGUCCUCCUGCCAUACAUCAUUAAGGAAAGACCUGACCUGCCCACUGUGUCUAAUGCAAGAGUUCGUAUCAGUGCCAACACUGGUGAUGCUAAGGAAUGGAUAAGCACAGGCUUGUAUCUUUCUCCUGGUAUGAGGACACACAUGUUUAUUCCUUUAGAGCUCCUUGGGAAAAACUGGAAGGUCCAGAUUGGUUGUCAGACUGAUAACAUUUCGGCUGCAGAUGUUUUGAAACGAGCUCCUGUGGUCUAUGAGCGUUUUCCCUUGGACAAAAAAAUGGUCCAGAUUAGUAAUCUUUGGGGAGGGCUCAUCUACCUAGUUGCACCUUCCAAAACCAAAGUGGAUGGGGUGGAAAUUGUGGUGCAGACUGCAGUAAAGGCUCCAUACUUCAAGUCUGGAGAGACCAGUGUAGCUGACUGGGUUGGUGGGAUCCGUCAAGCCCCGGCCCCAUGGGCGGAGCUUGAGUUUGAGAACAUCAUCAUCACAUUAGAGUCAAGUGUGAUACGGAGUCUGGAUCGUCCUGAUGUGGUGGCAAAAAUUUGGGAUUCAAUUAUGAGAGGCAUAGCUGACCUGGCGGCAAUACCUCAUAAGUUCCCCCGCAAGGAGCGAUUUGUUGCAGAUAUUCAGAUCUCUGCCGGCUUUAUGCAUUCUGGAUAUCCCAUCAUGAUGCACUCCACCUCCGCCCCAGAACUGAUGAAUCCAAAGGAAGCCAAUAAAAGUGAUUUGUGGGGAUUUAUACAUGAGCUUGGUCAUAACCAGCAGCGUGGAGUUUGGGAGUUUCGUCCACACACAACUGAGUGCACCUGCAACCUGUGGUCAGUGUAUGUGCAUGAGGAGGUGCUUGGUAUCGACAGGGCUACUGCUCACCCAAACAUGACCCCAAAAAAUCGCCAGGAUUGCAUCAAAGAUUAUGUCAAAGGUGGCAGGGAUUUGGAAAAAUGGACCGUGUGGACAGCACUGGAGACUUACAUGCAGCUUCAAGAAAAAUUUGGCUGGGAUGCUUUCAAGAAGGUUUUUGCUGCCUAUCAUGUCAUGACUGGAGUGCCCAAUAACAAUCCAGGCAAGAUGAAUCUGUACGCUGAGACCUUCUCCAAGGUGGUGAACAUGAAUCUGUCGUCCUUCUUCAAAGCCUGGGGUUGGCCGAUUGAGCCCAGCACUGAACAGAAGAUCUCUCAUCUCCCCGAGUGGAGCGAUCAUCCUAUGAAGCAGUAUGAAUAAAGACACAGUUUAUGAAAAAAGUGCACUUAAGUGCACUUUUUAAAAGUAUAUUAAUCACACUUAUCAAAAUGUAUACUUAUAUUAACAAACUUAAUUGUGAAUUAAGUUUGCUAUUUUUGACACUUAAGGGAACCUUGUUUAUAAUUAAUUUCAAAUAAAUUACAGUUUAAUUAAAUGCAAUAAGUUAAUAAGUCAAUAGGCAAUACGUCAAUAGUGAUUUUGACAGCUUAAGUGGCACUUAAAUACAUAUUUGCACUAGACCUGUUUGAGUCGCGACUCACUCGGAUCUUUAACCCGGAUCUUUAAAUUAACUCAUGAGUCGCGAGUCUCUAGUGUCAUUUACCCGGAUCAGUUGAGUCCUACUACAAUUCAUUGUAAAACCAUAAACAGCGCCACCACACACACAAACCUCUUUCAACAUUAUUAAUGAGACUUCGCUCGCACUACAGAUCCACUCGUAACCGGCUGAUCUGCGCGAGAACUGACCCGAGAUUCUCACUCAGAGCCGGAAACAUUGCAAACUCGAGAGACUUGCGGAUCCGCGCGAGCCGCGAACUGACCCGAGAUUCUCACUCAGAGCCGGAAACAUUGCAAACUCGAGAGAUCUGCUCUGACUCGAGAAUCUUUCAACUCGUAACCGGCUGAUCCGUAACCGGCUGAUCAGCGCGAACCGUCUCUCCGCCUCUGGGGGCUGCAUAAGCAGGACACAGUUUUUUCUAUAUUAUUAUGCUAUUAUUAGGCCUAUUUUUUAAAUGGUCGACCAUACACACACCAAACCUAAAACCUAUAAGCAUGUUAUCUCAGAAGUGAAAGGCUUUUGUUGUGGAUUUGCUUUUGAGGAGACUUCAGUCGCUCUAUAGAUCCACUAACCGGCUCCGGCUGAUUCACGCGAAUCAGCCGGUUAGUGGAUCUGUAGAGCGAGUCCCAUGGUCUGCGAAUCUGCAAUGUUUCCGGCUCUGAGAAUCUCAUGUCGCGUGGAUCAGCCGGUUACAAAGUGGGCCUGUACUGAGUUUCCUUGGCGAUUUAGCAAUACUGACUCAAGUGAUUCAAGUCACUCACACAACCCGGAUCACUUUAGUGAGUGACUCACAAUAACCCGGAUCCUUAAAAAGAGUCGAGUUUGCCAGGCCUAAUUUGCACUGUCAUGUUUGCUUUAAUUGUGAUUAGAAUAUGGUUACUUUUACUUUUCAAAUACACUUAAAUUUAAAUACAAUGUAAAGUUAUCAAACAACUAAAUGUGUAUUAAUUUGGGGGGAAGACAUAGCCUCACUAAAGCAACUUUACAAAGUGACUUGGUGUUCAUUCACACUCAGAUGUAACUGCCAUUGCUUCACUCUCUCUCUCUAUUUGUGUUAAAUGCUUGUGUGUCUAUUGUGUGGCUAUGUUUUAUAUAAUCCCAGUCAAUAAAUAAAUAUUUGGUAAUGGUUUUUAUACUGUACAAACUGUAUAUUCUAUUCCCAAACCCUAACCCCAAU